AUGGACCUUGACCCGGUUGAGUAUCCCGUUGACAGCCCGCAAUGGAGGCGGGAAAUGACCCGGCUGAAGUCAGGGAAGCCCGACCGAUACAAGCCAAAGCAGUGGCAGGAAGCAAGAAAAAGAGGGCCGCUGCCCGAAAGCCCCUGGCUGGAGCCCGUACUGCUGAGGGGAUCUCUUGACACCCCCGAAAAGAUCCAAGAGCAUGCCGGCCUGUCUGAGCGACCCGAGGUGCAGUCUGCCCAGACAGUUACGGACACUCUCCUCCACCCAGCAGACAAGCUGGAAACUGUACAGUACUGCAUGGUGGCAGGGUAUGGAUACUUUAGGCUUAAAGAAAAGUACCAGGUCAGAGAAACGACUCUUCUCAUCGACGGCAAAAAAAGAGGCGGGCACAUCUUCCACACUUAA